GCCGUCGAGAGUAGUGAUAUUUUUACUCCACAUGAUGUUGGAUGAAAUAACAAAUUCCAUAGAGUAGUUAGUCAAACUCAAACACUGGCGCUUAAAACACGUAUAUUUUUUUCCGUAAUUCAUACGCACGGAUUCAAGUGAUUUCCAUGCUUUCGGAUGCGGUCGUUGUUUUCGUACGCAUUGUGAAUUGAUAGUGAAAUUAAACCAUUCUAUCACAAAUGGAAGGCCACAUAAGAUCUGAUUGUGCGAUGGAUACACAAUCUGCAGUUAAAGUGUAAAACUUUCAUACUGAAGUGUAAUGCUGUGAUGGAGAAUAAAUAUCAGCCUCAAAGCAAUCAAAUAUUUGUGUACAAAGUGAAAUAAUGUAUCUGAGAUAAAAAAAAGAUGAAACAUCAUAUGGAUCAGUGAGAAUAGAAGUGAUAUAAAACUAAGAUUUUUUUUUAUCUAGAAGAUUCGAAAUAAACAAAGUUUCGACGGGCAGACAUUAUUUCACACAAGCAAGCUAUUGGUAAAACUGUGUUCACCGCUGUAAUUGAUCAAAAGUGGAUGGUGUUAUAUAUCAACGCUCAGAAAUGGAUGCCAACAAUUUUGUGAUGUCUUCCUAUCAGUUUGUGAACUCACUUGCGUCAUGUUACCCUAAUAAUUCGCAAAAUCCUAACAGUGCUCAGGGAGCCAGUAGCGGAGGACAAAGUGAUGGUUAUUUUCCACCAUCCGCAUAUACCCCAAAUUUGUAUCCUGGUACGCCUCACCAGGCUCACUAUUCCAACUCACAAUCAUAUAAUCCUUUGACAGCAGGAGCUGGAAAUGUGAACAGUAAUAGUAGCAGCACUGGACAUCAGUCAAAUGAAAUGGUAGAUUAUACACAGCUACAACCACAAAAGUUUUUGCUAAACCAGCAGCAGCAGCAACAGCAAUCCGGCCUCAGUUCUCAAAGUUGUAAAUAUGCUAGCGACGGCGCUAGUACAGGUACAAACGUAGGUAAUAAUAGUAGCAAUAAUAAUAGUACCACGAGUCCUCAAGACCUAAGUACUGCGAGUACCAAUAGUGGUGGAGCAGGUAGUAGUAGCCGACCGGAUAUAUCUCCAAAACUAUCACCAAACUCUCUGGUAGAAAACGUGUCGCGAUCAAUGAAAUCAGGCAGUGCAGCAGUAUCAGUUGCUUCUAGCAACACAAAUAACAACAGUACUAAUAUUAGCAACCGCAAUCCGGUGAAUCAAGUGAAUUUACCCCUGGGGAGUCCAGAUGGCGAUGAAUCGGAUGCCAGUGACGAUGAUAGCGGCACUGAAGGAGGCAGUUCACAAGGAGGAGGCAGUGGUGGAAAGAAAGGAGGACCCCCACCUCAAAUUUACCCAUGGAUGAAACGUGUGCAUAUUGGCCAAAGUACUGUUAAUGCCAAUGGAGAAACUAAGCGACAGCGAACAUCUUACACGCGAUAUCAAACAUUGGAGCUGGAAAAAGAAUUUCAUUUCAACCGAUACCUUACACGCAGACGACGAAUUGAGAUAGCUCAUGCCCUUUGCUUGACAGAACGACAGAUAAAAAUUUGGUUCCAAAACCGACGGAUGAAAUGGAAAAAAGAACACAAAAUGGCAUCAAUGAACAUUGUUCCAUAUCAUAUGUCACCAUACGGACAUCCAUACCAGUUCGAUAUUCAUCCAUCACAGUUUGCACAUCUCAGUAUGAGUUCUUUUCUGAUGGGAUAUCCACAUCAUCUUCAAUCAAUGGGUAUCAAUAUAGAACCAAAAUUUCCAUCAAGUGAUGAUUACAGUUUCCAUAAUGGAUAUAACAAUGUUAAUGGUAUUACACAGAACGGAAAUGAGUACUUACAGCAUGCACAAAGUGAAAUACUGCAUCAUAAUAAUAGUGCUAGUAAUGGGAAUAACUACAAUAGUUAUGCUCAUGGUAUGGGUGGACAUUAUUAUCACCACCAUCAUCACCAUCAUCAUAAUGGAUACGCUUCCCCGGUUCAAAUGCAUCCAUCAGCUCCAAUUUCGGCGCCUGUUCAAUCAUCAACGCCAACAAACAAUUCAACCACCAAUCAAAAUAAUGGAUACGUGUCAAAUUCUACGUAUUAUUCCGGAUUCUAUAGUACCAACGGACAUCAACCUCUAAUGGAUGUUCCAUUGCAAUGUACGGGAGAUGAAAUCAGCAACACCGUUAUAGGGUUACAAGAAUUAGGAAUGAAAUUAGACAGACGAAUAGAAGAGGCAGUACCUGCAGGACAACAACUCCAGGAACUUGGUAUGAGACUGAGAUGCGAGGAUAUUGGAUCUGAUCAGGAUGAAUAUCUUGAUGAGGAACAAAUGAUGCUCGAUAGAUCUCCGGGAGAAACGGAAUCUAAUGAUGGCGAACUGGACGAACUGGAUUCCGAUAAUGAUCUCGGCGAUGAUAUGAUAAAUACAACUAGCGACGGAGAGAGAAUUAUUUAUCCAUGGAUGAAAAAAAUUCAUGUUGCCGGUGUCGCAAACGGCUCAUUUCAGCCAGGAAUGGAACCGAAACGCCAACGCACCGCCUACACUAGGCAUCAAAUUCUAGAACUGGAAAAGGAGUUUCAUUACAAUCGUUAUCUGACACGACGACGACGGAUAGAAAUAGCCCACACACUGGUUCUGUCAGAGCGUCAGAUUAAAAUAUGGUUUCAAAAUCGGCGGAUGAAAUGGAAAAAAGAUAACAAACUGCCGAAUACGAAAAACGUACGAAAGAAAAACGGAGAUCAAGGUAAAAACAACACCACAUCUAACUCAACGGGCGGCCAAGGGAAAAAAGGUCGUAAGGCGAACACGUCAAGUUUAUCAAACGCGAAGAAGCAAAUGAGUCUUCCAAGCGAAUGCCAUCGCACCGAGAGCCUUGAAAGCAUGACGGACAUCCAUAAUUCAUUGAAUGGAAGUAAUCUUACCUCAGUUCCGUAUAUUUCUUCAUCGGACGUCACAGGAGUGCUCCCUCCUAAUAACACUAACAAUAAUAUAAGCCAAGAUUCGACGUCUCACGGCCAACAGCAGCCGUCACUUUUAAAGAACACGUCGGCUACGGGCAACGUAAAUACUACAGUCGCACAUUCCAUUAGUAUUAAAAAUGACUAUGAUCUAACAGCUCUUUAGAAAAUCCAUUCGCGAUGGUAAAUAAACAGGCGUGAAUUGCUCACUUUUAUUAAGUUGAAAAAUCCACCGAUUUUAGUCUCAUUUCCAUAAGCAGAUGAACAAUAUGGUUUUGUAUUUAUUUUUUUCUGAAACAAUCUAGGAAAAUUGUUUUUCCAACAUCGAGCAACAUGCUCGGUGAAUUUAUACUCUGGCUUGUUUACUUGAUCUAUGGAACGAUUGAUGCGAAUGAUGAAUGAAGUAUUGCGGGAUAUUUUUUUAUUCACCUAGGGAUUUUUACCAUUGAUAUUAAACAAUAAAUAAGUAUCGUCGUAGAUUAGGAAAUACUGAAUAAUAAUUUAGUUCAAGAUAGAUGUAAUUAUAAAGUAAAUUGGCUCCUGAAUGAGGGAGCUAAUUUUCAUGUAUUUAUCAGAAAAAUUCGGACGAAACAGUGAUGUAGGUUUAAGAAUCAAAGACAAAUUAUGUAAAUAACUGUACAAAAACCGUUUGAUAAGUGUACAAUUGCAAGAGUAGUAUAGCCAUUAUUGGCUUGGUGCCAUUGGUUUUAAAUUAGUUUUUAUACCACAUUACAAUUAAGACAUUAUUUGCCAUAGUAUACUUCGAAUGAAACUAUGUUUGUGUGUAGAAAACCCUACAACUACUUGAUGAGCUAAU